AUGCAGCCGAACGACGACGGACUCAGCGAGCAGGACUGCGUAGAAGUUCGUAGAGCCUAUGGCCUUCCUGCUGCGGUUGCAGGACCUGCCAGGUUGGCCUCAGCCACGUUUGCUUGGAACGACAGGGACUGUUCGACACCCAACUACUUCGUUUGCGAGAGGCUGCAGAGUGACGAGCCCCUGGAAGACAGCUGGCUGCCAGAAUGCAACAGAACUGUGAUACUAUCCAGGAACCAACCGAAGGCUUCUGUGACAAGUCCGGGGUUUCCCAGACAGUAUCCAGAUAACGCAAACUGUGAUAUCGAUAUUAUCGCCUCGGCUGGAUACAAAAUCAUUCUGGACUUUGAAGAGCUGGUGCUUGAAGACGAACCAUCUUGCAGCUAUGACUAUCUGAUGAUCCUAGAAGUACGGUCCAAUGACUCCACCAGCUUCAAUGAGUCUGUAGCUUCGAAACGCCUGUGUGGCGAUUGGAGCUCGAAGCUCAAGCUACUGAGGCAUGUCAGCAAUGGGUCUAGGCUGAGACUGAGGUUUAGCUCGGAUUAUUCACACCAUUUUGGGGGAUUUAAGGCUAGAGUUUCUAUGGAAAAUGUUAUGCAGUGCAGCGAUGACCAGUUUUUUCUCUACAACAACUCGUGUUACCUGAUCGUGAGCUAUCCAGAAGUGACAUGGAACACAUCUGAACAAAUCUGUGAGGCCACUAAAGCAAACUUAGCUUCUGUUUUGUCCGCCGAAGAGGAGCGAUUCAUUAUAUCCACUAUGAGGAGGACGACAGACUACAGAACCAGUGCUCUUUAUUGGUGGCAGGCGGUAGAUGUAUCAGCCUGUCCUAUUCAAACUCUGACAGCCAAAGAGGGAGCUAUUGUCACGCCCAACUAUCCCAAUUUCCUGCUCGCCCACUUGGACUGUACUAUAAAUAUAUUAGCUCCGACCGGUAAACGAAUUUGGCUGGAGUUCGCAAAAAACGAUGAAGCUUAUGAAGUUAUUACUACACAAAAGGAUUAUCUUCUGGAAUUGAUGCUGGGGAAAAGAAGUCGGAUGAUCAAGCCGUUCUCAAUUGAAGGGCUACUGACAGAAGGGAGCUUUGUGUCGGUGGAUGAGAGGGUGAAGCUACAUUUACAAACUGGAGACCAGCCUGUAGGUCGAGGAUUCAGCGCAAGCUACAAGAUACUCAAUGUCGUAGAAGAAGAAAAAGUCAUCACAUUGAGCAACUUCACUAGCGGUACUUUGCUACACCUCAACUUUCCCGAUCGACCGCCUUCGAACGUCAAUUUCAUCCAAAGAUUUGUUGCGCCGUUGGGGUGUAUAAUCUCUUUGGAGCUACACAACGUGCGGUUCGCCGAGGCGGAGUGUCCUGGCAAGAAUGGUGUGAUCGAGGUGUUUGACAACUACUCUGACGUCAAUGGAACCACUUGGAAACUGUGUCACGAUCCUGGGGGUGACGACGUAGUAUCCGUCCCUAUCUACAUAUCAUCAUUUCUGAAUACUCUUCAUGUAAGGCAGAGACAUGGACUGCUGGGCGUACCUCUCAACGGAACCAUGAAGGUUCAGCUAGAUGGCAAUCACUUACAAAAGCUGAUCAGCUUUAAAGACAGCGAAGUAGAAUCCUGCGCUCCUAAUCCUUGCCAGAACGGGGGAAAAUGUAUUUCAAAAAAAUCAAAGAAGUUUUGUCAGUGUACCGGACAUUUUACUGGUUUAUUCUGUGCCUUAACCAAAUGCGACCUGGAACCAUGCGCGUUUGGUACCUGUUCACUAACUCCAACCGGUUACGAAUGUCACUGUCGCUCAGGGUACACUGGCCCCACUUGUGAUCAAAAACGGAGGCCUUGCGAAAACAACCCUUGUGAUGGAAGGGGCGUAUGCUCAGAACGCGGAGACAGCUUCGUGUGUAGAUGCCACGCUUGGUGGGAAGGACCUAGAUGUGAGAGAAGGAUGACUAGGAUUCCUUACACACCACUCAGUGAAAGGAUGUUACACGAACCUUUCUGGUUAGGUUUGAUGACAGUGUUUGUGGUGAUGGGUGUGAUCGGAUUAGUUUGGUGCGCGAAGAGGCAUUUUCCAGAGAAAAUCGAAAAGCUGCUCGCUGAGGAGGAUAGCCGAAAUAGGAGCACCAGUAAGUACUUGAGCAAAAUCAGCUCUGAAUAA